CGUAAAUCCCAACCGUCAAAAACCCCUCGAAUGUUGAGUUUUUGCAGAUUCGUGUGUUGCAGUUUAGGCAUAUCGGAGCUCAUUUCAACCAAUUCGAUCCAGAUCUGGGAGAGGACUCGUCAACUAAUUAGUCCCCUUUGCUCAAUUCUGUUUCCCUAUCCAUCCACCACUUAAACUCUGGAUUUUCACCUGCAAUGGCGGCAUGUCGUCUCGUACAAUUCCGGACAACCAUCCCAGCCUCCUCCCACACUCACCACCACUUCCUCCCGCUGAACCCUUGUCUACUUCCCCUCAAUACAAAGCCCCGGAUUCCCAGGCUUCGUCUUUACCUUGUACAGCCCCAAUCGCAAGCCCAAGCUCAGCCAAUCGUUCCAUCGGAGGAAAACAUCGCAGAAGAAGAUGAAUUUUCGAAGACGCGGCUUCUGGUCCAGAAUGUCCCGUGGACGUGCACCGUAGACGAUAUCCGCCCGCUAUUCGAAAAAUACGGUACUGUUGUCGACAUUGAGUUUUCAAUGUAUAACAAAUCUAGAAACAGAGGCCUGGCUUUUGUAUCCAUGGCUUCGCAGGAAGAAGCCGCUGCUGCUUUUAAUAAUCUGGAUUCCACUGAAUUUGAGGGUAGAGUAUUGAAGCUUAAUUGGGCUAAGCUGAAGAAAAAGAAGCCUAAGACUCCUCCACCACAAUCCAAGCCACUGCCAGUCCACAACUUGUUUGUGGCAAAUUUACCUUUCGAGGCGAGCUCGCAUGAGCUGAAGGAUUUCUUCAAUGCCAAUAAUGCGAAUGUUGUUUUUGCCGAGAUUAUAUACCACGAUAAUCCUAGACGGCCAGCAGGUUAUGGCUUUGUCUCGUUCAACUCUAAGGCCGAUGCUGAUGCUGCACUUAACGCUUUUCAAGGGAAGGAGUUUAUGGGGAGACCGAUUCGGGUGGCACAAAGCAAAAGAUUUUUGAGACAGGGGACAAAGGCUGCUAUUGAAUCCGAGAGAGUGGCCUUGGAGUCGCUUAUGCCAAACGAGAUUUAAUGAAUCGCUUGUGAGUUUUUCCACAUAUUAGUGCAUAUUUUGUGAAUGCUCACUCAAAUGUGUUUUUGAAUCAGCAGUCGAAUUCUUUUGAUAAAAAUUCAGUUGAAGUUUGGUAACAAAACGAAAAGAAAAAGUAUCUUUGUUCUGUUAUUUGGAUGCAGUUUGUUUCCCAUACUAACAUGUAUGAAAAAUCAGACUUUUGAAAUCAAAGUGCAAAAGGAGAUAGGAUUUUUCAUCAUUCAGACUUCAGAGUAGUUUAAUUUGACAUCUUAUCCCAAUAGAUUUGGUUAAACAGAGCUAGGAUUUUAUUCUUUUUUUUUUUUUUGGUUUCAAGAAGCUCACUGAUAGUGCUACUGAAGUGUUGAUUUUUUGUACCCGAAUGGAUUUGGAAAUUUCUCCAUUAGGUGUGAAAGAUUAAAAGCAUUUAGGCCAAUGUAAAUGUCCUUCAAAAGACGGUCUUAAGGUAGUUGUCGAUACCAUGGAGUAGUUUAUUGUGCCUUUGAUGUGGUAUCAUUGGAGAUUUAGAAGAAACAAGUCUUCUUCGUGUUUAGAGAGUUUAAUUGGAGAGAUUUUUUUUUAUUUUUUUUAUUUU